CCGUGUACUACAAUAUUGUUGGAAAAUAUUGUUGAGCACCCAGUGGAUUGUAUGAUAGAAUUUCGUCGUACAAUCCCCAUUUGUUCACCAGGCCAUGGCUUCGAUCGUGUUAAAUAAUUUGUUAUCAUCAGCGCGAAUUGCCCUAAAAUCAGCACCGAAACGUUAUAUCUCGAUCGCUCCUUCUCUCAGAUACAGUCAAACUUCAACGGAAACUGCAGAAGAAUCUCGUCCCACUAUUCGGAAAAUAAACCAGGAUGCUCUUGUUCCACUCAAGGAUUUUGGCCGUUACGUUUCCGAAUGCCUGCCAAAAUACGUACAGAAAGUGCAAAUUGCAGCUGGAGAUGAACUCGAAAUUCUAGUCUCACCCGAUGGUAUUAUUCCUACCUUGUCCUUUCUCAAGGAUCACCACAAUGCUCAAUUUGCAAGCUUAGCUGAUAUCACCGCUGUCGAUGUGCCAAGUCGACCUUACAGGUUUGAGUUGAUUUACUGUUUGUUGUCACUCCGAUUCAACACUCGCGUCCGUGUCAAAUCGUACACAGAUGAGCUGACACCGAUUGAUUCUGCAACUUGUAUAUUCAAAGCUGCGAAUUGGUAUGAGCGCGAAGUCUGGGACAUGUUUGGUAUAUUCUUUUCGGACCAUCCAGAUUUGCGGAGAAUCCUGACGGAUUACGGUUUCGAGGGUCAUCCCCUACGGAAGGAUUUCCCAUUGACGGGUUACAUAGAAGUUCGAUACGACGAUGAAAUGAAACGAGUUGUUGCGGAACCAUUGGAGUUGACUCAGGAAUUUCGCAGAUUCGAGCUCUCCGCACCUUGGGAACAAUUCCCAAAUUUCAGAAACGCCCCACCUGCUGUAGAAGAAGUUGAAACUCCCAAAAAAUUGAAAUAAUUCUAGCCAUACAGAAUUUUGGAGGAUGUCUGUUCUUUAGGUAAUAACUGUGUCAGGCAUUGAGUCUUCAUGGUAAUUUAUGAACUUGUAGUAUAUAAAGUUAUCACAAUAAAUAACCUUAAGUAAUUA